AUUCUCUGUAAUUAAAAACAUAUUGACGUUUAAAAAUUAUUAUAUACACGAACAGAUAGAAGGAAAAUAGCUACCCCCUUCCCUUCCCUUAUCACUAAAAAGAAGAAGAAGAAGAAGAAGGAAAAAAAAGAAGAAAAUUAGCCAAAUUAAGUGAAACAUGGGAAUUAGCCAGCUCCGUGGAGAUGAAGAUCGUGAGCAUGAAGGAAACCCUCCUCACAGUCUCCUCCAAGACCUCAAGGUCACUGUCCACCACUCAUCUCUUGUAUUCCCAUCCCAACAGACACAGAAAAGAACCAUGUUCCUAUCCAACAUAGACCAAGUUCUUAAUUUCGACGUCCACUCUGUGCAUUUCUUCGGUGCCCACAAAGAUUUUCCUGAUGGCCAAAUUGCAGCUGAGAAACUCAGAGACAGCCUCGCCAAGAUAUUGGUGCCUUAUGAUUUCUUGGCGGGAAGGUUGAAAGUGAACCCCAACACGGGUCGCUUAGAGAUCGAGUGCAAUGGUGCCGGAGCAGGAUUUGUGGUUGCUUCUAGUGAGUAUGCUUUAGAUGAGAUUGGAGACUUGGUUUAUCCUAAUUCAGCCUUUGCACAACUAGUUUGCAGCGCUAUGGAUCAUGAUCAACUACUGAAACUUACUGCUGGUGCUGUUGGUGAUGAUCAUGAUGGUCUUCGUCAGCCACUUUUCAUUCUGCAGGUGACAACAUUUAAGUGUGGUGGAUUCGCGAUGGGCAUAUCAAACAACCAUGCAACAUUUGACGGUAUAAGCUUCAGACUGUUCUUGGACAAUCUGGCUGCCCUGGCUGCUAACAAGCCCUUGGCAGUGAUCCCUUACAAUGACCGUCAGAUCUUAGCUGCUCGAUCACCACCACGUGUCACCUUCAUCCACCCCGAGUUACAAGAGCUCGAGAAUAUCUCCACCCUGGAGCGCAAGCAAGAGGAUGAGCUUGAGGUUGGCGGCCAUGACACACACCCUACAGUGUUUGAAGCCACCCAAGAAGAGCUUGACUUCAAGAUCUUCCGGCUGACUGCCAGCGACAUUGCUCACCUCAAGGAGAAGGCAAAAUCCAUCGCUAGUAGUACAAAAGAACGUGUAAAGAUUACUAGCUUUAGCGUGGUGACCGCCCUGAUAUGGCGGUGCAAGGCAUUGUCAUCUUCAACAUAUGUUGAUGAUCAUGGUGAAAGUAGAGAGUCGAGGAUUCUUUAUGCGGUGGACAUAAGGCAGAGGCUGAACCCGCCGCUACCCCAGGGCUACACUGGGAAUGGAGUGCUGACUGCCUACGCUUCUGCUGGGUGCAGGGAACUGGAAGAAGGGCCGUUCUCAAGAGCGGUGGAGAUGGUGUCUGAGGGGGCAGCAAGGAUGACAGAUGAGUAUGCGAGGUCCGUCAUCGACUGGGGAGAGUUACGCAAAGGCUUUCCUAACGGGGAGGUGUUGGUGUCAUCCUGGUGGAGAUUGGGGUUUGCUGACGUGGAAUAUCCAUGGGGGAAGCCCAGGUACAGUUGUCCCGUCGUAUAUCACAGGAAGGAUAUCAUCUUGUUCUUUCCUGAACAAGAUGUGCCUGAUAAUGGAACAAAUGGUACUGGGGUUAAUAUUUUGGUGGCACUUCCUCAUCGGGAGAUGCAAAAGUUCCAAGCCCUCUUCCAGAAGUUCUUAUUGGGCUAAAAAUUUUUAAUAUAAGAAUAAAUAUGCAUAUUGUAACAUGAAUGUGUACGGGACCAUGUAUGAUAUACCCAUAUAUAUCGUUUCUGUAGUAGCUCCUACUGAUUAUGAUCGAAGGUGGGAUUAGAGUUCAAGAGAGGAACGAUUGUGUUGGAGACUUAUUUAUUUGGCUCCAUUAUAUACAAAGAAGAUAUAUAACAUGUGUUGCAUUA